AUAAGUGUGUGUGCGUGCGUGUGUGUAAGCUUAGAUACUUCUCCUGUGAUGAACUAAUUCGAUCUGUAAGACCAGGAAAGUCCUUCCCUAGGUUCUUCUAUGCAGAGGGCAUGUGUGGAGGGGAAGGAAGAGCCAUAAUUUUUUACUUUUUUGGGGUUUUUAAUUUUUAUUUUUUUUUUAAUUCGUGACAGCCCCCUUCCCCCAUUAAAAAAAAAAAAAAGGAAAAAAAGAAAAAAAAAAAAGCUGCUGGUGUUUUCAGCAAGCUGUUUGUGUGUCACUUUGCCCCACCCCGAUGGUAAAGUCCCUUUAGCCCUAAUCCAUAGUCUGAUCACACACUCGGCCCUUAAUGGGGGUUUCAAAGCACUUUGAAAGAAAAGGAGGUGGUUGGUGUGUGUGCGGUGGGAAUGGGGGUGGGGGUGCCUUGCACAGGCUCCGGCCACAAAACAGAAAUUCACGGGCAGAGGACUUCUCUCCUUUAGGCUUCGCCCUUCCCCGGCCAGCUGUACACGGGAUUUUUCCACAGCACGCGAGAAACCCCUCGCCUUUUGAAUCUCCCCAAAUGUGUCGAACGCGAAACCCGUCCCCCUCGCCCACCCUUUUGCCAAGCCCAGCUUGAAAGAAAAGAAAAGUUAGCAAUCCUGGCACUUGAGCUCGGUGAGAGUGGACUUUGCCUCUUAGAAGUGGGGAAUCGUGUUAUCACACACAUGCACACACAAAAAGGCAAAUCUGCUUCUCUUGCUCUUGGCGGAUGCAAAGGGGAGAAGUACUAGGUCAGAGGAGGGAGAGGUGUGCCCUCCCGACAGGAUUUUUCAGGGGAAUGUAGGUUUGCAAAGAAAUAUGCUGGUUCUUUGCAUCCUGUCCUGUUAGCGGAUCUAUGACGGGGAGAAAAAACGGGGAGCACCCGGCUCGGCCUGAUGCCCCACUGGAAAUGCCUCCUGGGUCCCUCCGGGCUGGGGCGGAGCGGGGCGGGCUGAAGGUCAGGGCAAUUUGCAGAAUAUGCGUAAAAUAAGAGGAGCUUUUCCAGCGGCUGGCUUUGUGAAGUUGAAUGGGUGUUUAGGGCAAGGCGAGAGGGGGUAAUCUGCCUUUUGCCCAGCUGUCCCGGAGGUGUUGUCUGAACCGUCUGCAGGGCGCCUGGCACUUCCCGGGAGGGGAGGCUCCUUUAGCAUCUCCUGGGGGAGGGCAGGGGGGAAGAGUUAAAAGGAAGCAUGGGUUUGACUUUCUGAUAAGGCGGCUGAAGCAGCCCCCUCCCACCUUCCAGCCCAGAGGAUGUCUCCUGGUUAUCUCCAGGUUGUCUGCACUCUCCGGCGGGCGAGGGGCUGUCGCCUCCCACCUGCUGCGCGCCCCCCGCCCGAGACGGAGCUGGAGGCGGGGAGGGAAGCGGAGACCGGAGGCUGCUUUUCCAGCUCCCACCUUGGCGUCGGAGGGGGGCUCCGCCACCGAUUCCGGGGUCGUCUGAAUCGCCUUCAGGAUUUCAGAUGUGUUCUAAGCCUGGCGGGGUGAGCAAGCUUCUGGGCACUGAUGGAGACUCAGCACGGCAGUGGGUCGCAGCCCUUGCUACAGGCUCGGCGUGACAGUGGGAGACCGCAUGGGGAGCCUGACCUGCGGGAUGUCCUGAUGCAGCAGGUCCACGUCUUGUCCUUGGACCAGAUCAGAGCCAUCCGGAACACUAAUGAAUACACAGAGGGCCCUACGGUGGCUCCACGGCCGGGGGUCAAGUCUUCUCCUCGGGUAACAACCCAACCCAAAAAUGAAAGGCCCCAUGGCUUGUCUGAGCAUCGUCAUUUUAGCCGGAUCCAGCACACGCAAACGCACGCAUCUCCUCGAGCGCCUCUGUCCCGGUCCAUCAGCACAGUCAGCACAGGCUCACGGAGCAGUACGAGGACAAGUACGAGCAGUAAUUCGUCAGAACAAAGACUUCUGGGAUCAUCUUCGGGGCCAGUUGCUGAUGGGAUAGUCCGAAUGCAGCCCAAGUCUGAGCUCAAGCCGAGUGAGCUGAAGCCACUGAGCAAAGAAGACUUGGGAGCACACAGCUACAGGUGUGAGGACUGUGGAAAGUGUAAGUGUAAGGAGUGCACUUAUCCAAGGACCCUCCCCUCGUGUUGGAUCUGUGACAAGCAGUGUCUUUGCUCAGCCCAGAACGUGGUUGAUUACGGGACUUGUGUUUGCUGUGUGAAGGGCCUCUUCUAUCACUGCUCAAAUGAUGACGAGGACAACUGUGCUGACAACCCCUGCUCCUGCAGUCAGUCACAUUGCUGCACUAGGUGGUCCGCCAUGGGUGUAGUGUCCCUCUUUCUGCCUUGCUUGUGGUGUUACCUACCAGCCAAGGGUUGCCUUAAGUUGUGCCAGGGCUGUUACGACCGGGUAAAUCGGCCUGGGUGCCGCUGCAAACACUCCAACACCGUUUGCUGCAAAGUUCCCAGCGUACCCCCCAGGAACUUUGAAAAGCCAACAUAGCAUCACUAGCCAGAAAUACUAAAGUAACAAGGAUUAUUAUUUUAAUGUACAUAUGCAACCAACUAAGCAGCUAUGGUCUUGGCACUGUAGUAGAAGGGUUGGGGAUGGACUUUGCUGUUUGCAGUGAAAUGCUUUUCUGUGUGUGUGCCAUCUUAACUGAUACGCUUGUUAGAAUCCAGCUAGUGGCAUACAGGGGGAAAAAAAGGGAUGCAGUACAUUGUGACCCACAUAUUGCAUAAGCUAAAGCAACACAGACACUCCUAGGCAACUCUAUUGUUUGUGAAUAGUACUUGCAAAAUUUGUAAAUUAGCAAAUGACUCCUUUUUUUUCAUUGUUUUCUGCCAGAGAUAAUGUGCUAUAUUUUUGUAUAUACAAUAAUAUUUUCAACUGUGAAAAGUAAGUGCUGUCAUAAGACAUGGCACAGUCACAAAAUAUUAUACUAAUAUGUUGUACAUUCGGAAGAAUGUGAAUCAAUCAGUAUGUUUUUAGAUUGUAUUUUGUCUUACGGAAACCUUCUAUUACAAGACUUUGAUUUCCCUUUGGACUUCAUGUAUAUUGUACAGUUACAGUAAAAUUCAGCCUUUAUUUUCUAAUUUUUUCAACAUAUUGUUUAGUGUAAAGAAUAUUUAUUUGAAGUUUUAUUAUUUUAUAAAAAGAAAUAUUUAUUUUAAGAGGCAUCUUACAAAUGUCACCCCUUUUUAUGAGGACGUCAUAGUUGCUGCAAAUAAGGGGUGAAUGAUGCAUAUGUUCACUAUAAAAUAGAAAAUAUAUUAACGUUUGAAAUUAAACUGGGCUACUUGUCAUUUUUUCCCAUUUAUUGUUCUGAGUUGGGAGAAUUGAUACUUUUAAUUCCAAACUUCACAGUGCUAUAGUCACAAUGAGCCUGAUGUGAAACCAAAAAGAGAUUUUUGAGUGUAUUCUUUUGUUCUUGUUUACUUAUUCACCUGAUAACAGUGCAGGAUUUUUGCUCCCUUCCUUUCCACAAAUGUCCAAUAUACUAUUCCUACAAGAGAAAAGGAAAAUGAACACAGGAAAAUGCAUUAAUUCAUUCCAGACUAGGACUAAUAGGCACUGAAAGCUUGACCUAUUCUAUAAGUGAUGAGCUUUUGUGCUUCAAAUAGGAAGUAAGUAAUCAUUCACAAAAAAUGUUAGGUUUGCAUGGCUUUACUCAGUGAGAGAGAGAGGAGGAAAAAAAUGUAAUUAAUACCGUCAAUGCAAAAAGCUUGCAGGAUUAUUUGUUAAAGUUCGAACAGUAUGCCACAGGGAAUGAUAGAUCUGAAUGCAGUCCAGCCUUAUGUCAAACAUUUGCCUCACUUGUAAGAAGAAAGUUGCUUGAUUUGUCAUUUGUGGCAGUUACCUUCCACUGAGGUCAAAAUCCUUUCCCUGCCAAGUUUCCCACCGGAAGCCUAGAGAAUCAUUUACCUUUCUUUAUUAACAAACUAUCAUUUCCUGUUCUGAGCAUGUCUCUCCAAGUUUAGAGGUCUUAAUGUUCGAUUUUAUUUAUACAUUUCUUAAGCUGGCAUUUAAGAAUAGUUGUUAGUAUUUUUAAGCUGAUGCUUAAAAAAAGUCUCCCAGCCUUUUCUGAAGCCCCUCCAAGACAAACAAGUUAUUACUAAUAAAUUAAGAACUCACUAAAAGUUGAAAACCAGACCAUUGAGUAAAUGUUCUGUCUUUUUGCCCCUUAAUUUUCAUCUCAGGCCUGGUGUUUAGAUGAUUUUACAUAGGUCUGUAGUUCUCAGAAAUCUUACACUGUGUGUUUGUGCAUAUUGGUUAUCAAUCAUCAAGUGAAAUUAAAAAGUGCUUGUUCUCUUUCUCUUUUUUUUUUCCUUACCUCUCUGGUGAAAAAUGUAAGCUGGUUUACUUUCUGCACCAGCUGGCUGGAUACUUUGGUAUACAAAGACGAACAGUAUAUAUUUAGCUUUCUGAGUGGAAUUUGCCAGAAAGAGAGUAGCUUAUGUUACAUGAGUAGUUUGUUCAUAUUUAAAGCACAUCAGUAUACUGUAACUGAGUAGGGGACUGUAUAUGUGAGAUUGUGCUUGGCUCCUGUUAAACAGAGAUUUUUAUUAUUUAAUUAUGGGGUUUUUUAGCAGUUUUGUUCUUGAAGGGGUUAAUAACCUUCAUGUGUUUCCAUUCAGUGAAUGUAGUUCUUGAAAUAGGUUGGGUGCUUAUGCUUAAACUGUCCUGGGCUCCCCUUGCUGAUGAAAGCAAUCAUUAGGGGAAUCUUUAGGCUCUAUCUUGGAAACCCCAAGUCCCACCAAUUUCAGUAGACAGAAAAUACAGUGUUUUCACUGGAUUGAUGAACUUGACAAAACUGAAGGCAAGCCCAGUCUUUUCAGUGGUUUAUGUUUCAGUUGAAGGUAACUCUACAGAAAGCUGAAGGUGAAACUGGAAAACUGGGAUGUCUGAGCAGCACAGCAAAGUGGGUGCAACUCAAAAGUCCUAGCUGAAGUCCAAUACUAAAAUUGUGGAUGUGUUUUCUUUCUGCAGCAUAGUAAGUUCUCUGUCUGCCUAGUUAGGUUCUAAGGGAAAAGGAAAACCAUCUUCUUGUUGGCAGUGAAAUUUGAAGCUGGUUUAAACACUGAGCAAUGGUUGUGACCUUCCACUUGGUUCUUAAUGAGAAUAAAAUAGUGGGUCCCAUCCACCCCAGGUAAGCCCAUUUCCAGAAAUUGGGUAAGAUGUAUGACUCUUGGGAGCAGGGAUGUAGGGAAGUGUGGCCUGUUGGGCUAACUAUGGCACUGGGGUCUAGGCUUCAGUUAGUAUGGAUUGAUGUUUUUCCCACUGGACUCUUAAAAGCUGGCUUGUGUAUAUUAGUUAACAUCCUAAUAUUGCACUUAAUUAGAUAAGGUUUAGUAUUCUAAAUAAAACUAAAAUCUUGCCUCAAGCAGAUUAGAUUGUUUUAAUAAGAAUUAAGAGGGCUUUUCAAGUGGAUUGAGAUAAUGUUAUUAAAGCAUGCCUACUUUAUCCUUUGAGAUAGGAAAGUGGAGGUCCGAGCAAGGAAAAUUUUCCAUACACAGGUUUUGAGGAUAACCAUGAAAGUCAUUCUUGAUAUACAUCAUAUAGGACUUCAAUUUUAGACUACUAGGAAGUAAUGAGAGAGUGCAAAACCCUUAUUAUUGCUCCAUUUGUUGUGUUGCUGCUUCAGAGUUUUGAUCUGUUAACUUACAGAUUCUGUAAGGUUUGUUUAAGGUGUAGAAAUUUGCAGGAUUGAACUGACAGUUGACCCUAGAGUAACAGUGGAAACAAACAGCAUUUUUUCUAAUUAUUUUUCUGUAUGAUGUAAGCUACAAAUAAACACAUAAAGUUUAGAGACAUUUAGAAAUUCCUCUAUUAAUAUCCUCAGGAUCUUCUUUUCUUACUUAGCUCUUUAUUGAUUUGAAACUUGAUUAUAAUUUCUUUUUGAGAUAGAGAUCAUAGCAGUAUAAAAUAGGGAAAAAAAAGGAAAAGAGACUUGGAUUCAAGUAGAGAAUAAAUAGUGCUUUGGAUGGAAUUAAAAUCGGUCCCUAAAGGAUUUGAGAUCAUAUUCAGGUGAGUAUUUACAUUCAACAGAUUUACCAAAUCAGUCUUCAAAAACCAAAAAUUCUCAAAGUGCAGAAGUGAAGUAGUUAAAUUGUUGUGAUGAUUAACAUAAUAGAUUUUUUACACUUUAUUACUAAACUCUCAGCAUUUAAAUAUACAAUAUUACCUGUUUUACCAUUUUCACUUUUGGUAAAAUGCAAAAUAAUUAAUUUUUGUGAUGAGUGAAAUCUUAGGUCUUUUUCUCAGUGUCAGGAAGAGAGCAGAAUGCAUUUCUGUUCUACAGUGGAACAUUUUUAGGAAUUAACGGUUGGGAAAGAUUGAUUUGAACAGUCUGUCUUGUCUCAGAUGUUCCUAGAUGGGUGCAGGUACAGCAAGUUAUAAUGAUUUCAUCUGCUGAGACUAAUUUCUCAAUCAGUCACUGGAGCAGAGUGCCAGAAAGAAAUUGGCAGAAUGUGAGAGCACGCUCAAUUGAGUAGUGUCUGUAAGAACAGUAUUGAAUAGAUGUCUUGCUGAAAAUGUCAGUAUUUGUCUUGUUGGGUCAUCUUAAAUAAAUCAGUUACAUACUGGAAUUGUAGGUAGACAGCACAC